UUCCUUCCUUGUCAAGAUGGCGGCUCCUUUGACACUACUUUUGAUUGUAGCUGUUACCAUCCGUGCAGCCCUGUACAGAUCCAGUUUAGCGGACCUAAUUUCGGAGAGAGUGGAGGUGGUGUCUCCGCUGACUGCCUGGAAGAGAGUUAUUGAAGGUUUGGCUCUGCUUGACUUGGGAGUCUCGCCGUACUCUGGAGAUGUUUUCCAUGAGACCCCACUCAUCAUUUACCUCUUUCACUUUUUGGUGGACUAUGCAGAGAUAACAUUUAUGUUGGCAGAUGUGAUCACCGCUGUGGCUCUCUACAUGACAGUGAAGGAGUACAACAAGCAAGUGUUCAGAAAGCAGAAAUAUGCCUUGGAGGCCGAUCGCUACCCUCUCGACUGUCUGGAGCUCAUCAGAAGCCCCAAAGAAAUGUUCUACAUCCCUCUGAAAGUGGCCAUGUUUUACCUGUUGAACCCGUUCACCAUCUUGUCCUGUGUUGCCAAGUCGACCUGCGGCCUGAACAACGCCGUCCUCUCCCUCUUCAUCCUCUCCACAGUCAAAGGAAAUGUUUUGCUGAGUGCUAUAUUUCUGUCCUUGGCCACGUACCAGUCCAUCUACCCUCUCACUCUGUGCGCCUCAGCGCUGCUCUAUCUGAUGCAGCGUCAGUACAUCCCAGUGAACUUCAGGCGUGUCAGCUUCUGGUGGUUCAUCGUUCAGUAUGCCUUCAUGUACUUGGGCAGCCUCUUCGUCAUCAUCUGCCUCUCCUUCUUCCUGCUCGGCUCCUGGGACUUCCUGCCGUCCGUCUAUGGCUUCAUUCUCUCAGUUCCAGACCUGACCCCCAACAUCGGCCUCUUCUGGUAUUUCUUCGCCGAGAUGUUUGAACACUUCCGGCUCUUCUUCUUAUGCGUCUUCCAGAUCAACGUCUUCUUCUACACCAUCCCUCUGUCCAUCAAACUCAAGGAGCAUCCAGUGUUUCUGAUCUUCAUGCAGUUAGCUGUGAUCUCCAUCUUCAAGUCCUACCCCACUGUGGGAGACAUCGCUCUCUACAUGGCCUUCCUUCCUGUGUGGAGUCACCUGCACAGAUUCUUGAGGAACAUCUUCCUGGUGUGCUGCGUGCUGCUCGCCUGUUCCGCUCUGUUCCCGGUUCUCUGGCACCUCUGGAUCUACGCCGGCAGCGCAAACUCCAACUUCUACUACGCCAUCACACUGCUGUUCAACGUGGCUCAGAUUCUGCUGGUGUCAGAUUAUUUCUACGCCUUCUUGAGGAGAGAACACCAUCUCAGCUAUGGACUGUAUCUGAAGAGGAAAGACGGCUCUGAGGCUACCUUAGUCCUUAAAUAAAACACCCACACAUAACUAUACACACAUUCACACACAUCAACACCUGGCUGGCAGCCUCUACCAGGAAGGGAGGAACUGCUCGGGUCUCUUUCAUCCUCAGAGGGAACAAACAAACUGCGGAAGAUGAAAGCCUUUCAGAGCCACGCUCAGACUGAACCUUUGCACACAUGCAGAAAGUGGUCUGGUACAACCUCAUAUGCAAAAAAGUCACAACAUGUCACAUGACUGAGAUUCUGAGAUGGGAUGUAGAAAUCUUGCUCCUGCCAUGUGAGAUAAACACCAACUAAACAUCUCUUUACUGUUCCCCCUCUGGAGCGCUCUUAUUUUGGAAGCUGCGCCCUGAGAGGAUGACUUUUAUUUUGAAGCCUUGAAGAUUAAUUCUUAUUUUGAAACUACUGCAGCCCCAUUUUGGACUGCUUUUUUUCUUUUGAAUCAACAACUUUUUUUCUCCUGGAAGGAAUGUUAAUCUUGCUGCUGGGGAUUUUAUUUUUUGAAGCCUUGCUUUUCUUUAAAUACUAUAAAAAAUGUGGGAAUCUGCCUCUGUUUAGAAAAUUCCUGAUAUUAAGCUCUCCCACAUAUAUUUUCAUUAGGUAAACUUGAGAAUUGGUGUAUACAAAUGUCCAUUUAUCUCAGUUUUCCCACUUUUUUACAAUCUUACAGCUGUCUUUCUUUUUACACAUAGUCAACAAAUGCAAUAUUAUCAGUGUUGCAUCUCGUCUCAAGUGAAAACUAACACUGGUACAUCAUGGUACAUACAAUUUAACACUCCUUUAACUGUUAUGGCUUCAAAACAGAGAUAUUUGUUCAAAUAUGUUUUUUAAAAGUUCCUAUUACCUGACAAAGACAACACUAAAUGUGUUUUAACUACUUAAUCUGGAAAAAAGAAAAACACUAAUCUAUAUCGAUUAGUAGAUAAGCAUUUACUCUAUGAAAGGGUUAAAAGCUAAAUCGGAAAAACUUCAGCUGUCUUGUUUUGAUAACUAAAAGUUCCCUAAGAAAUAUUAGUUUACAUUCAUAUAAGACAAAGAAAAGCAUGAAAUGUUCAAUUGAUAAGCUAUAAUAAGAGAAUAUUGGAAUGGCUUCACUUAUCUGAAAUGAUUAAUUGAAUGUUAGAAUAGUUAAUUUAGUUUGUAUAAUUUUUCUGUCAAUUGAUUACUUUGCUGUAAGUGAAACAUUUUUGCGUUUAAUAGAAGCUACUGGCAAACGUUUACUAAGUUUUUUCUUUACAGAUUUAAUUCCCACACCUUUAAAAUAAGCCUUAACCUGCCUGGAAAAAUUGUUGUAAAGAUUGCUUUUAUUUGAAUGUCUACAGAUGAAUGUUUUCCUUUGAUAAUGGUGAAAAUAGUGAUAUGUCACAACAAAUCUCACAUAAAAAGACCCACCCACAUCAUUUUUACGUCAACGGCUAAACACGAACAAAAACGUUUAUUAUUGUAAGCUUGUUUUCAAGUGAAAUGAAGCUUGGUUUAACGUACAAGAACAAACAUUUAUAACUGUGAAACUCUCACACAGAUACACGUUUUUUAAAACACUUUGAUACCAGUGAGUGAAAAGUCAUUUAUGAUAUUUAUUUAUUUGAUGCACUAAAACUUUGCAAAUAUAUUUAAUUUCUUUCCUUUGAUUCUUUUUAUUUUAUUUGAAGAAAAAGGAGCUCUUCUGUUGUUUUGAUACUGUAUUUAUAUUAUUGUUUUGUCACUUAUAUUAAAAUGCAAGGUUUGAAAGGGGCUAUGUUAUAUUUGAUGAAUGAGUGAAUAUUUCAGAAAUAAGGAUUAUUAAAUGGGAGGUGUUGCUAA